UUCUAUUUUCAAACUUUUUUUAACCUGGAUUUUCCCACUCUGCCACCAACAAGGUUUUGGCGCCACCUAGCCCAACCACCCUCACCUGGUUGUCCUAUCUCCCAGUUCUCCAAGGCUCUUCCCGACUCCGUUUUCCCUCUCUAGAACCUGAAGUUUUGCUUUUGCUGAUCCACUACCUCUUCUUUCUAAAUCGAACUGCAACUUUCAGCCUUGCUCUUUCUCGGUACUCUGCUGAAUUGCACAUCCUUCCAGAAACUCUUCCAGAACAAUGCAAGUUGCUUCUACCUCCUUGACUGCUUCUCUCCUCGGUGCUUCCUAUUCUUCGCCUCGCAGAGGUCCCCAACUUUCCUUCCAGCAAGUCGGGCCAUGGUCCCCUCGGCGCUAACCUGCUUCUGCUGACUCUCGGAGUCCUGCCGGGUCGCACUCCGGGUGGAGCUGCGGCGGGAAAUGCUGCAGGGAAGGCGACUUGACUUUCCAGUCUGGGAAGGGGCGGGGCCUUGGGCCUCCGGACGGGUUGGACCUCGGCGGCCCCCGUCCGAGCUUCAGUUCGGAAGAAGGUCCCGGGCUUGGGGUCGUGUCACCUGGCUGGACCACCUGGCUGGAUAUGGAGUUCGACUGCGAAGGUCUGAGACGGCAACUCGGCAAGUACAAAUUCAGGGAUCUGACUGUGGAAGAACUGAAAAAUGUAAAUAUGUUUUUCCCACACUUCAGAUAUUCCAUGGAUACCUAUGUUUUUAAAGAUAGUUCCCAGAAAGAUCUACUGAAUUUCACGGGCACUAUUCCUGUGAUGUAUCAUGGUAAUACAUAUAACAUACCAAUUCGUUUAUGGAUUUUGGAUUCUCACCCUUUUGCUCCCCCCAUUUGCUUCUUAAAGCCAACUGCAAAUAUGGGCAUUUCAGUUGGAAAACACGUGGAUGCUCAAGGCAGGAUAUAUUUGCCCUAUCUUCAAAACUGGAGCCAUCCUAAAUCUGUCAUUGUUGGACUAAUUAAUGAAAUGAUUGCCAAGUUUCAAGAGGAACUUCCCCUGUAUUCUGUGUCAUCAUCUGAUGAGGCACGGCAGGUAGACUUGCUCGCCUACAUUGCAAAAAUCACUGAAGGUGUUUCAGAUAUAAAUUCAAAGAACUGGGCAAAUCAUGAAAAUAAAAUGGUCAACAAAAUUACUGUGGUUGGAGGUGGAGAGCUUGGAGUUGCCUGCAUAUUAGCAAUUUCAGCAAAGGGUAUUGCAGACAGACUGGUCCUCUUAGACCUCUCAGAAGGGACUAAAGGAGGGAUGAUGGACCUUGAUAUCUUCAACCUACCUAAUGUGGAGAUCAGCAAAGAUUUGUCUGCCUCUGCUCAUUCUAAGGUGGUGAUCUUCACAGUCAACUCUUUGGGUAGAUCUGAGUCCUACCUGGACGUGGUACAGAGCAACGUAGAUAUGUUCAGAACCCUGGUUCCCCCUUUGGGACAUUAUAGUCAACACAGUGUCAUGCUCGUUGCAUCUCAACCAGUGGAAAUUAUGACCUAUGUGACAUGGAAACUGAGUGCCCUUCCUGCAAAUCAAGUGAUUGGAAUUGGAUGCAAUCUGGACUCUCAGAGAUUACAAUAUAUUAUUACAAAUGUUUUAAAGGCACAGACUUCAGGAAAAGAAGUAUGGGUUAUUGGUGAGCAGGGAGAAGACAGAGUACCCGUGUGGGGUGGCCAAGAAGUAAUGAGUCAAAACUCUCAGGUGCAGCUUUCCAACAGAGCAAUGGAAAUGUUAAGAGUGAAAGGUCAAAAAUCCUGGUCUGUUGGACUGUCAGUGGCUGAUCUGGUUGACAGUAUUAUAAAUGAUAAAAAGAAAGUGCAUUCUGUAUCAGUUUUAGCAAAGGGAUAUUAUGGUAUAAAUAGUGAAGUGUUUUUAAGUUUGCCUUGCAUCCUUGGAACCACUGGGGUGUCUGAAGUCAUCAAAACCACAGUGAAAGAAGAUAUACUGACUGAGAAACUCCAAAGCAGUGCAUCAUCAAUCCAUGGUCUCCAAGAACAGUUAAAAUUUUGAUUCUAGGGCCUCCCCGGUGGCACAGCGGUUGAGCGCUGGGUUGCGAAGCUGCCCGCAGCCUCUGCAGCUCCGGUUCAAUCCCCGGCUGCUCCCCGGCCACCGGAGUAGGGUCCCACAUGGCGCGCAGUCCUCUCCUGCGGCCCACUGCUCCCCUCAGCAGUGUACUUUGGUCCUUCUGCCUGUUCUGCUCCCCGCUCUGGCUCUGGUGAAUUCUCUCGCCCUCCCGUGCUUCUGACUAUACCCAGUGCUUGUAUAAACAAACAAAUAAAUAAAUAAAUUUUAAAUAAAUAAAUAAAAUUUUGAUUCUAAAGUUGUAGAGUUACAUAAAAGGGAGGGUCAAUUUAAUUUGCCAACACAUAGAGGGUUAAGAACUUCGUAUCUUUUUUUUUCUUUUUAAAGAUUUAUUUUAUUUAUUUAUGCAUACAAGAGCUGGGGUGUAGGCCAGAGGUGUGGGGGUGGUGAGAGGAUUCACCAGAGACAGAAUAGGGAGCAAAACAGGCAGAUCUACUGAAAUACACUGAAAAUCUACUGAAAUACACUGCUGAGGGAAGCAGCAGGCAAGGUAUGCUGUGAGAGGAGAGGUAUGCUGUGCCCUGUGAAUUGGUUCCCUACUGGGGAUCAAACUAGUGCUGGAGUGGCUGUGGAUAGCUUUAUAGUGUUGACACUUAACCCCCUGCACCACCAGGGAGGCCCAAGUACUUCUGUAUCUUGGUACUUACCUUCACAAACUGCUUGGUUAAGGUAGAUGGGUUUUUGGUUAGCUUUGUAAUUUGAAUCCUUAGGGAAUCUUCUUUGUUGUACUUGAGAUAUCUAUACUGUUCUUUUUUAAACCUACACUACAGAUAAACAUUCAUCUGUAAUAUAUAUCAUUUAAAAUUAUGUGUCCUCAACUAUAAGCACCUUGGGAAUAUUUCAAAAGUGUGUAUUUUUAAAAGAAAAUUGCUCCAAUAAACAUAAUAAGCUGAAUUUAUAAAAUCUGCUAGGUGUACAUUCAAAGGAUCCACAAUUUAAGGUAUGCUUUUUUCUUUAAAGUACAAUUGGUAGUAAUGGUAAAGAAUUUUGUUUUUCCUCUUCAAAUUAAUUAGUCACCCAAAAAUAGCAAAGAAUUUUACUUUCAUUUUAAAAUAGUAAAAGGGGAAAGUCAGAGUUUUAAUUUGUGAAGAAAAAGUAUAGUUUAACUUCCAGUGGGACUCUCCUUUCUGAAAUUUUUUGUACUCUUUUCUUGGGCUGUGUAAGAUCUCCAAUAGCUCAUAACUCACUGUAAUAUUAAUAGAGAAAUGUGUGUUUUUAGUGGAAAUAGCUUAUGAAUAAAAGCCAAGCAAUUUAAGGCUAAAAUACGAGGCUUUCAUAAAAACUUCAUAUUUAGGGGAAUAUUAGGGGGCGAAUGACCUGAUUGUCCUGAACAAAUCCUUUAACCACUCCUGCAGAAAUGAUCCAGAGUACAUACACUUUCUUGAUGGGUUAAUACAAUAUAUGUGAAACACAGCAUUAUUAUUACUAAUAUGACACGAUCUGGUAGCAGCAACUAACAUCAGAACUUUCUGUAUUUUAGGCAGUGUGAUGAGCACGUCAUUAUUUUAUAAAAUCACCACAGUAACCCUUUGGGGUACAUUUUAUCAUCACUUUAUGGAGGAGAAAAUUAAGGUUUAGUGCCCAAGACCUCAUAACUAAGGGCUAUUUAUCCAUACAGCUUCUGGUGUAAAAGAGGGAAAGCCUAACAGCCAAAAUAGUUAUAAGAACUUAAAGCUGUGAACUUGUAUGCUGUGGAAGGAUUACUUCCAUUUUCUUGUAGAAGCUGACCUUUUAUUCUUCCUCAACAGUUUUUAGAAAAAUUGAUCCCCUUGUUGACUUGACUUCUGAGACUUGCCCUGAGCAAAGAGCAGAGAGGAGUUUGCACUGAAAUAAGUGUUUAUUUAUUUUUCAGGUGUUUAUUUAUUUAGUCAUUCAGAUUUUUUGACUGGGAGACUAGUAUACACCAGGUACUAUACUAGACACUGCAGAUACAGUGGUGAGCAAACUUGAACCUAGGUAUAAGCCCCAGUGCUCUGUACAGCCCAGUAUGGGACAAAUAGUAAUCAAAUCUCACAAACAAUUUCAAGUGUGAUGGGUGCUGUGAAGCAGUCCCAGGUGCUUUGAAAGCAUGUAUUAGGUUAAUUCAUCCUGGUCAGAAAAGCUAGAAUCAGAUUGUUUACCAGGUUAAACAAACAAAUACUAGGUAAAAAAGAAACAAUCAAACUAAUGCUGAUUUAGUAUAACAAUGGAUGCUUUUUGAUAAUGAACUUAAAUCAUAAAGAUGAAGUUAUAUUUAGUGUCAUGGUUUAAGAAAGUAGAAAGGUAAUGCUUGGAAAGUUUCAUCAGAAUUAACUUGAAUUAAAAAAAAGUUGGACACUUUAAGAGAUGAGCAUUAUUUCUGUAUAAUUUCACUACACAGGUAAAUUUUUUUAUAUAUUACUCUAAUAAUGUAUCCUCACUUUCUCUUGUAUGAAAUAUAAAAGUAAAACUGAAAGAACCAUUUUUUGUGUUUUUCAGACUAGCCUUUUAUGAUAUCUGA